GCGAAACGCCCACUGAAGUCCGUUUCCGGUUUGAAAACAUGGCGUGCUUCUGAUCCACACAUGUGAGCUUGCAUACCAACGUCUGAACUGGAUAUUUAAAAGAAAAAGACCUUUAAAUCAGUAAACAACCAUGGCAUCAAUGGAGGAGGACUUCCCUCGUGGAGGUAAAACCAAGCAGACCACUGAAAGUAAAGCAGAACCUGUGAGAAGGCAUACAGAAGUGGACAAUCUGUUCGAGACACAUAAACCAGAAGAAUCCAAGAAAAGGAAGGGACAGAAAGAGGAUGCCUUGAAGAAAGCUAAGAGGCAAAAGACGAGCAAAGAGGAGGCUCUGAAGCUCAAUACAACAACCUCUGUAGAUAUCCUACAGUUAAAAAGCCUGAAGGUGGGUACCCUACUGCUGGGCUGUGUGAAGGAGGUGGCAGAUUUUGAGGUGACGAUUAACCUGCCCAGCGGCCUUUUGGGAUACCUGAACAUUUCCAAUAUCUCGGACUCGUACACCAAGAUACUGAGUGACCACCUGGACUCUGCUUCUUCAGAGGAGAUCUUCUCUCUCCCCAGUCUCUUCUCCCCGGGCAUGCUGGUCAGGUGUGUGGUAGCCAGGUUGGACACUGCCAAAGGAGGAUCGGUCACCAUUCAGCUGUCAAUCAACCCAAAGGUCAACAAGGGCUUGAGUACUGGCUCUCUGAAGGCUGGCUUGAUCCUGAGUGGUUGUGUGGAGAGUAUUGAGGAUCACGGCUACCUGGUUGACCUCGGUAUCAAGGGAACAAGGCCUUCCUGCCCAAGCAGGCAGCCAAAGACAAAACGAAUACUGAAGUUGGGCCAGUAUGUGACUUCUCUGUUGGAGGAGGUGAAGAACGAUGGGCGUGUGGUCCGUCUGUCCAUCAGCCCCACGGCGGUGGCUCAGGCCGUUGCAGACACAGAGCACGGCUGGACCCUUACCAACCUGCUGCCUGGCCCUGUCAAGGCCCAGAUCAAAAAAGUGACCCUACACGGUCUGAUUCUGGAGUUCCUCUCUUCCUUCACCGGCCUGGUGGACUUUAUGCACCUGGAACCAGAACAGGCCUUACAUUCAGGGAGGGAGACAAUGUAAGAAUUUACAGCCUGCGUCCUUUAUGUGGASCCGUCCACCCGGCUGGUGGGCCUGUCCCUGCGCAGCCACCUGCUGCAGCCAGGGGSCGACGUGGACCUGGUGGCCACUGAGAGGAUAGGGGAGGUGGCGCAUGGCUGCAAGAUGACCGCUCUCCAUCACCUGUCUGGAGCCAUGCUGGAGCUGCCUGACCAGACUGUGGUGUUUGUACAUAGGAACCACRUGAAGGAGCCCACGGAGGUGUUCAACCUGAACCGUGUCAUGGCCAAGCCUGAACACACCUGUAGGAUCAUGGACUUCAGCCCCAUGGAGCAGGUGCACCUGGUCAGCCUGCGUCAGAGCAUCAUUAAUGCCCCGUUCUUCAGAAGAUACCAUGACAUCCAACCUGGACAGAUUGUUCAGGGCACGGUGACAUCCCUCCAGAGCCAUGGCAUGAUGGUGAAGGUGACCGACUACAUCAGAGGCCUGGUUCCACGGACACACCUCUCUGACAUCAUCCUCAAGAACCCCGAGAAGAAGUACACAGUGGGCAUGACCAUCAAGUGCCGGGUGUUGUCGGUGUGCCCGCAGGAGAAGAAGCUGACCCUAACCAGGAAGAGGGCCCUGGUAGAUUCCUCCCUCCCCCUGUUCCUGACCUACGAAGAUGCCCGCCGCGGUCGCGUCUCCCACGGGUUCAUCGUCUGUGUCAAGGACUUUGGCUGCAUCGUCUGUUUCUACGGCGAAGUCAAGGGGCUAGUGCCCCCCAACGAGCUCAGCACGGAGCCGGUGAUAGUUCCUGAGAACAUGUUCUACGUCGGACAGGUGGUGAAGGCUAAAGUGCUGAACUGUGACGUGGAGAAGCAGAAGCUCCUUCUUUCCUUCAAGGCAGUGGCAGGAGGAGACACUGAGGGACCGCCUAAACCCAAGUUUGACUUUGAGGUUGGGAAGAAAGUGGAGGUUAAGGUGGUGAGUAAAGUCCUUACCGGUCUGGAGGUGUCCAUUCUGCCAGAGGAGACCACCGCCUUGCUACCCAUGAUGCACCUCUCCGACCACGUGUCCAACUGCCUACUGCUGUGGGAGGGGCUGCAAGAGGGUGACAUCAUCUCCAACAUUGUCUGCCUCAGCAAGAACAAACAGAAUAUUGUAUCCUUUUCAAAAAAGCCCACUGUGAAGUCAUUCCUGGAGGAGGGGGGUGUGGUGGCUAAGGAGUUCUCUGACAUCACAGUUGGGGUGCAGCUGAUUGGCUGGGUCAAGAACAUCAUGCCCUACGGAGGUGUGGAGUUCCCCUAUGGCCUGGUUGGCCUGGCCCUAAAGCGGUGUGACACGUUCGUCAGCGACACGGCGGCUCACUUCCAGCUGGGCCAUACGGUGGUUGCCAGGGUGACCAACUUGGACGAGGAGAAGCACAGGUUCCUGGUCAGUCUCAAGGUGUCAGAGGUCACCUCCCCUGAGAGAGACGGCCAGGCCAGGCUGAUYCGAGGCCUGCAGGAGAGGAAGGCCGUGAUGGAGAUGAUGGGCAACAGAGGUGACUCUGACCUACUCCAGCAGCUGUCUGCGGUGACCAUAGGCCAGAAGAUGAAGAUGAGCGUAGACGAGGUGAGGGAGGAUGGGAGUGUCACCUUCAAGUCAGACGAACUCAGCGCAGCCACCGUACUGGCCACCAAGGACCAUGYGCCGGGUAAGUUGGCGACGGGACAGAAGUGCAUGCCGGUAAUCCUCCACGUUGACCUCGUGACCUCUCAAGUCUACGUGUCCCUCUUGACGAAACUGACCGGCAAGAGGCAAGAGGUGGAGGCAGGGUCCACACACACUGCCACUGUGCAUCACAGUCGACCGCGACUUUGCCGUCAUCUCAUUGGCGACACGGCCCAACUGACGGUCAUCCAAACCACCAAUCCCAACGAAACUUUCCGCUUCGACUCUGAGAAACUGACCGCCGGUAAAACCCUGACGGUCACUGUCACCAAUCCAGCUGCGAGGAACUAGAAGGGCUCCCCUAGUGUCCUGGGAACUCGCCCCCCCGAAGCAAGAGAUUAAUCUCCGACUCCAAGGGGUCGAACGACGUAUCGCUACGGCGACGUGGUCAAGGGGAAGGUGAAGAAAGUGAAGCCUACGUGUGUGCUGGUGACGCUAGAGGACGGGAGCACGGGGUGCGUGCACGUGUCCGAGAUACAGGAAGUGGUGUGCGUGGGAACGUUCCCCACGUCCCUCCUCAAGAUAGGAAGUGAGGUCACAGCCCGGGUCAUCGAGGAGGAGGGCAACAGUCACAGGUUCUUGCCGUUCUCCCAUCGCAAUUUCACUUACUCCAUGCCUGAACUCACACUUCUUCCCAGGAACCUGAAAGAAGACGCAGAUGUUAAGCCGGACCAAAAGACCAAAGAGAAGCUGAAGCGUUAUCAGGUCGGAGACGACGUCAUUUGCUUUGUGUCAAAGUACUUUCCAAAGARGAAGUGUCUAGAAGUGACUACUGGUCCGUCAGUAACUGGAACUGUUGAACAACUGGCCAUGACCUCUGACCCUGAAGAUGCCAAACACCCAGAGAAGCUGUUCAAGUUGGGCCAGGCAGUCAGUGCUAAGGUGGUGACAGUCAGCUCCUCCAAGCCCUCACGCCUCUCAUUGUCUCUCAAUGGUGUACACAAGUUGGAGAAGGGCCAUGUAAUCAUGGGGUUGGUGCAGAAGCUARAUCCCAACCUGGGUCUGCUGGUGAAGCUGCCAUUCAGCGCCAUGGGAACGGUUGCCAUGGAGGACCUGGCCGACAAAUAUAAGCGAAAACCUCUGGAGCGGUACAGCARGGGCCAGCUGGUCAGGUGCUGCAUUGUAGGAGAGGCGAAUGGCAAAUGGCAGUUGUCCCUCCGCUCUUCGAGGACGGACCCAGAGAAGGCCUCGGUAGUCAAGGACCCCGAGAUUGUGUCUCUGGAAGACCUGUCAGAGGGGCAGAUCGUCAGAGGCUAUAUGAGGACUGUCAAUUGCACAUGGAGUCUUUACUAUGCCAAGAAAGUACCACAGGCCACACUGCUCACCACCAAGAUCCUCAGCAUCGACAAAGAAAAYGGWCUGGUGSAUCUGUCUCUGCUCCAAGAGGACACUGGGAAACCAGACGUGCUCCCAGAAUCCCUGGGGCUGCACCUGCGCCUGACAGGAGAGGCCAAGGAGAAGCGUGRCGCCACCAAGAAGAGGAAACGCACAGAGUCGGAGAGCAAGCAGGGAACUGCAGAAAUUGUUUCAAAGAAGAAGAAGACGAAGAAGGGGAAGAAGGGUAAAGGGGAGGACAGCGACAGCGGAGUGGAGGUGUACUUCAAAGAAGAAGAGGAGGAAAAUAAGUUGGAGGUAGAGAAGCCCGUCCCAGUGCAGCCAGCCAGACUGCAGGUGACCGGAGGGUUCUCCUGGGAUGCAGCGCUGAGCGGCCUGAAACCAGCAUCMGCUGCCCUGGGGGGGGAGGACUCCAGCGACGGGGAGGACGACGAGGUGAACACCAAGCCCCAGAAGAAGUCUCACCAUGAGCAGGAGGUGGAGAAGCGGGAGGCUGAGAAGGCCCUGACCAAGCUUGAGACGGAGCUGAUGGACCCAGGCCUGCGACCCCAGACGGCGGCUAGCUUUGAGCGCCUGCUACUAGGCUCCCCUAACAGCUCUCUGCUMUGGCUGCARUUCAUGGCCUUCCACCUGCAGGCCACACAGAUAGAACAGGCUAGAGCGGUGGCUGAGAGGGCUCUGAAGACUAUCUCCUUCAGAGAAGAGCAGGAGAAGCUGAAUGUGUGGGUGGCUCUGUUGAACCUUGAGAACCUGUAUGGGACAGAGGAGAGUCUUCAGAAGGUGUUUGAGCGAGCCGUGCAGUAUUGUGAACCCAUGCCYGUCUACCAGCAGCUGGCUGACAUCUACGCCAAGUGUCAGAAGACUAAGGAGGCGGAAGGUCUGUACAAGACCAUGGUGAAGCGGUUCCGUCGGGAGAAGGCUGUGUGGCUGAGCUACGGGACCUUCCUGCUUCAGCAGGGUCAGAGUGAGUCUGAUAUACCAUCUACUACUCAUUUACAGAAGAUGCA